GGACCUCAGGGGUGACCAGAAUGAGGGGAAAGAACCAAAGGUCAGGGAGGUGUGGGGAGAGCCACGCUAAGCUUUGUGGUCUCAUUGGAGCUUUGUACAGCAGCGUUUCUUUUUUGUUCUUUCAGUGGUAAGGAGUGAGCAUCCUGUGGGGCGAUGGGAGCGUGCGAUCCCAGCUCAGCCUUGGAUCAUGUGGGAGUUAGGGGGAGGAUCUGAGUGGAAAGUGCACUUCUGAAGCACACAACCCUGUAAACACACUGAUUUGUGCCAAAGCUCCUCGGAGGGUGUGGGCAGAGCACUCAGUAAACAGUGCAAGGAUAAGUGAGGCUGGUGUUAGCAUGGAAGUGUGAUGCCCUGCCCAGCACCAGGCUUCCCCUCCGAGGUGGGCAGCAGAGUGGCUCCUGAUCUCUUGGGCACCCAGACCCUGCGUUGGACAUCAGCUGUGUGGCACGUCAUGUCAGUUCCUCCAGAUCUUCAUCAGCAGUAUUUGCAGACUUGCCAAAACCUGAGCCAACCUGAAAAUCACUUUGUUGCUCGUGUGCUUCAAGAAGCUGAUAAAAGUGAUAAUAUCAGACAGACAAAAGGGAUCACGUUAAAAAUAGCUGGAAAUAAUCGCUUAGUGCCUGUGCAGAGAGUGACAGAUGAAGAUGUUCAAGUUCUUGCCUCUGUCUUACGCCGUGCUGUAUUUGUCACCGGUUUGGAUCUGAGAUAUAAUGAUUUGACUGAUGUUGGAGUAAGGCACGUGGCAACGUUCCUCCAGGAAAACUCAACUCUGCGAUACCUUAACCUGAUGUUUAACGAUAUUGGCACGAGUGGAGCUGAGCUGAUAGCAAAUGCUCUCCAUAGCAAUGAAACUCUUCUGCAUUUGAGAUUGACUGGAAACAAAAUAGGCAAUAAGGGUGGAAUGUACUUUGCUUCAAUGCUACAAGUUAAUUGCACCUUAGAGAAGUUAGAUCUUGGAGACUGUGAUGUGGGUACACAGUGUCUAAUAGCAAUAGCAUCAGUCCUGACUCAGAACAAAGCAGUCAAAGCAAUAAACCUCAAUCGUCCAUUGCUGUACAGCCAGGAGGAAGAGACCACAGUCCACAUAGCUUUGAUGCUGAAAAAUAAUUCUUCUCUUGUGGAGCUACAUCUGUGCAAGCAUGAAAUUAAAAGCUUUGGUGUAGAGCGACUGUGUGAGGCGUUGUAUGAAAACUGCAGCCUGAGAUACCUUGAUCUUAGCUGUAAUAAAGUAACUCGUGAGGAUGUGAAAUUUCUGGGAGAACUACUGAAACAGAACCAAACUCUGGAAAUCCUAGAUCUUAAUUCAAACCGAAUAGAAGAUGCUGGAGCUAUCUACUUGAGUGAAGCUUUGGCUUUGUACAACAGGACUCUUAAGGCGUUGUCAGUAGUGAGCAACAAUAUAAGUGGCAAAGGGCUGGCAGCUCUCUCACAAGCAAUGAAAAUAAAUGUGGAACUCUCCUACGUUUAUAUUUGGGGGAACAACUUUGAUGAAGCCGCCUGUACGGCAUUUUCAGAAUUAAUUCAGGCAGGCCGCUUGAAACCUGGUUGCACAGAUGUGGAACCGUACGAAGUGGACGGGCACGUUCACCUUGCAGAGCUCUCCCAUGGCCUUAAAAAGCAUUACUACUGGACACCAAGCUAUGGGGAGGUGAAGAACGCUGCUGCUAAUGCCAGUCUGGCAAUUGCAGCUGUUUCAGAAUAUUUCUAAGGUAGGUCUCAAGAAUGAGAAGAAUCCCUACAAAAAUUCCAAGUUUCCCCCAUUCAUCUCUGAAGGAACUUACCAAUAUCGUUAAUCACCACGUACCUCCACAAUGAACUCCUUAAGCCUAAGAAUGAAUGUGCAGCUGACUUCAUGCAUCUAUGGGCACAAGGUACCGUACAGAGCUGCUUCUUCAGGCCAUGGAGCACCCAGCCUGAACACUCCUACAAAUUCAAUAUAUAUCUCUUUCUAUAUAUAUUUAAAAUCUAUAUUCUAUUAAAUGAAUACCGUUGAUAGAGAUCAUACCUCAGCAGCUGAGAUAUCUGCACAAAAGAUGAGGGUAAGAAUCGAGGUUCUCAGAUGAGGACUGAAGAGUGCAGUUCACUAAAUUAUUGCUCUAAGUCAAAAUUACAGCCUGUGUAUUCUACUAAGAAAGGCUAAAAGUGGUGUUUUGUAAAAAAUAAUGAUUAUUUUCUUGUCUAUAAAGAAAACUAAAUGACUACGAAAGAAAGUGGUACUGUUAUAAGCAUCUAAACAAAUCCUGUAUAAAUCUAAGUACUGUUUUAAAAAGCCUGAAAAUCUAAGAAUACAGCAAUAAGCUAUUAUUGUAGAAAUAUAAAAACAGUCCAAACA